AUGGGGCAGGAUUUUAAUGCGAAGUUGUCCGGCUUCAUUCUCGCUAAAGAUGGGCCACCUGAUGAUAAGACUCAUGUGUCCACUCGAGUUAUGGGUACAUGUGGCUACAUUGCACCGGAAUACCUUGCUACAGGCCAUCUGACGGAAAAGUGUGAUGUAUAUAGCUUUGGAGUUGUUUUGCAAGAAUUAUUAUCUGGCCGUUGGGGUUUUGAAAUAUCUGUUGAUGAAGAACAGGUUCUAGUGGAUUGGACAAGAUCAUAUUUGUCUAAGAAGAAAGAAGUGAAUCGAGUGGUAGACCCCAAAUUGGAAGGCCAGUACCCUCUGGAAGGAGCAGUUAUAGUUUCAAAUCUUGCUUUGCAUGGGUUGGGUUUGUGUGCUUCAACAUUUUGCGUCACGGAUCUGAAACGGGUCUGCCCAAGUGAACUGCGAGUAGGUGGAAGGGAAGCUUGUAAGAGUGCGUGUGAAGCUUUCGGGAGUUCAGAGUAUUGUUGCAGCGGCGCGUUUAACUCACCUGCCACCUGCAAGCCGUCCGUUUAUUCUCAGAUGUUCAAAUCUGCUUGUCCUAGAUCCUAUAGCUACGCUUAUGAUGAUCCUACCAGCACUUUCACCCGCUCUGUUGCAGAUUAUACUGUAAUCUUUUGCAAAUCCUGCAAUUCUUCAGCUUCCUCCAGCCCAAAUAUUACUUUUUAUAGUGGAGAAAGUAGUGGUGAGAGCCUCCCUAAGCCAAGAUCUGAAGAUGGACAGCCUUAUGCUAAUGCUAAGCCCAUUCCAUUCAAAGAAUUAAAGAAUGCGACCAGAAACUUUCGACCUGACCGCAUUUUAGGGGAAGGAGGAUUUGGUCUAGUUUUUAAGGGAUGGAUCAACGAGCGCACUCUUACUGCUGCAAAGCCGGGAUCUGGAAUGACUGUUGCUAUCAAGAAGUGGAAUCCCAAUAGUGUCAAGGAAUGGUUGACAGAAGUUAAUUAUCUGAGCCAUUUUCGUCAUCCGAACCUGAUUAAACUUAUUGCUUACUGCACCGAGGGUGACAACCUUCUUUUGGUAUAUGAGUUCAUGCCAAAAGGAAGCCUGGACAAUCACUUCUUCAGAAGGCAUCAGUGUCUUUCUUGGUCUACUAGAAUCAAGGUAGCUGUUGAUACUGCUAGAGGCCUUUCUUUCUUGCACGAUGCUAAAAACAAAGUGAUACAUCGAAAUUUGAAGUCUUCUGACAUUCUUUUGGAUGAGCAUUUUAAUGCCAAGUUGUCUGGCUUCGGUCUCGCUGAAGAUGGGCCACAUGAUGAUAAGACUCAUGUUUCAUCUAAAGUUAUGGGUCUAUAUGGCUAUGUUGCACCGGAAUACCUUGCUACAGGCCAUCUGACGGAAAAGUGUGAUGUAUAUAGCUUUGGAGUUGUUUUGCUAGAAUUACUAUCUGGCCGUAGGGCUUCUGAAAUAUCUGCUGAUGAAGAACAGUUGCUAGUGGAUUGGACAAGAUCAUAUUUGUCUAAGAAGAAAGAAGUGAAUCGAGUGGUAGACCCCAAAUUGAAAGGCCAGUACCCUUUGGAAGGAGUAGUUAUAGUUUCAAAUCUUGCUUUGCAAUGCUUAAGUAGCAAUCCCAAAAGCAGGCCGCGUAUGGCAGAGGUUUUAGCCACAUUGGAACGACUCUAA